AUGCUCCGAAACACGGACGCGCGCUGUCCCGCUAAGCGCAUCGUCAACAUGAGCAAGGCCGACAGCAAGGCGCCGCUCAAAAUCGAGUACAUCAACGAACACAACCACCGGCCGCACCUCCGCAGCGCCGCCGGCAGCACCCCUGUUCCACAUCAGCAGCGCGGCGCCAGUAGCAGCGCCGAGAUCCUGCUACAGCCUUUGUCAUCCGGGAGGCAGUUUACCCUCGGCUGUAGCAUUGGCGACGGGCAAAUUCGAGGCGCGGGGAUGGGUGGGGUGAAUAUGGAUAGUGGUGAUGCCGAUGCGUUGCUGAGAAACGGCAUAAUAGGCGCGGGCGGGAAUGACGGCGGUUUAGACGCGCUGCGCAUGCUAACGGCUGGCGAUGGUAAUGAUUACGCCGCGAUACGACAAACCCUAGAUGAUGCGAUUCGCAAAGCGGCUGCGGGUCGGGUUCAUCAGCAGAGGGUCAGCAACAACAGCAGCGGCCACGUCAGCGCGCUCCAGCGGCGGGCGGCAGGAGCACAGGCGGGAGGAGGAAUGGCGGCGGCGGCGGCGGCCGUAGCAGCAGGGUUCGGUCUGAGCGCUGGCGGCAACCUUCCGCCAACUUCGCUAAUGGCGGACCCGCGUUCCGCGCCUGGCGCCGACUCGCUGAUGGCCUUCGCGGGGCAGCUGUCGGCGCUCUCCGCGCAAGCGCAGGAUGCGCUCGCCGGCGGCGGCAUGGGCGGGAUCAGCGGGAUCUUUGCGGGCGCGGACGGGAUGGCGGGGUCAGGGGGAGCAGGGGGCGAAGGGGGAGGGGGAGAAGGGGGGAGUGGGGGCGUAGGGGGAAGUGGGCCUGGUGGAGGAGGUGGGAGCGGAGGGCGGGAGGGCGGCGGAGCAGCACCACAGAGAGGGUCUUUGGCGAAGGCGUCAGGAAGCUUCGAUUUCUCAAUGCAGGAGGAGCUGUUGCACUCGUUUCAAUACGAAACACCCCCUUCAUCCGUGCUCCCCCGAUGGACCCCGUCCGAUCAACCCGUUUGCUCCUCCCCCCUUUUCUCCUCCUCCCCGACCUCUCUUUCCCCUGUGCUCACCCCGUACUCAUCCCCCCACUUCACGCCCCCGCGCGCGCUCUCCCCCAUCCCUUCCCCAAAGUCCCCCUACCUCUCUCCCCUCCCGGGAUCCCCCACCGCAGCAAACGCCAAUCUAUCCAUAUUCUCUUCCCAUGCGGCCACCCUCGCUGCGCUCUCGAACCUCCAUUGCCAAGCUACCACCUCCCACUCCCCCUCCUUCGCCUCCCCCCGCGCCUCCUCCCAAGACUUUCCCCUCUCCCCCCCCGCCUUCCCCUCCCCCCCCGCAUCCGCGCAUGACUUCCCCAUAUCCCGCCCAACCCUCCCCCGGAGCGUCACAGAGGGCGCGUCUAGCCCCUCCCCCCCGCUCAUGCACUCCGCGCCUCCGCCCCCGUCGCUAGCAGAAGCAAUAGCGAUGCUGCAAAUGGCGUCUCUCUCCCCCAACCGCACCUCACCGAGCAGCACCCGCGCUGCUUCCCCGCGUCCCUCUGGCGGGCUCGUCUCCCCCCCGCCCUCGGGCUUCAUUUCCCCCCCGCACUCUGGAUUCGCCAGUCCGAAUCACCCCGGAAUAGCACAGCAACUGUAUAACGCACAGGCGCAGGGAGGGGGGGGGGUUGGGAAGGAGGAGACCAUGGCUCACAAGCUUGGAACCGCACUCAACACCUUAUUCACGCGGAAUCUCACGUCCUCCUCGCACACUUCGCAUGUCACAUCGUCCCCUCCCCCCAUCUCCCCCCGAUCCGCGCACAGCCACUCCUCCGCCUCCGCCUCCGCCAGCCCAGCGCUCUUCUCCCCCCGCUUCGCCUCGUCUGCUGCUGCUGCGAGCGGGGAUUUCUUGAUUAGUGCGGGCGGAGGGCAGAGUAUGGAGGGUGUGGGGUAUGAUGCUUUGGCGCAUGCGUUUUUUAGUGACGAUCUGACACAGCAGUGGCAGCGGCAGCAGCGGCAGCAGCAGCAGCAGCAGCAGCAACAGCUACAGCAGCAGGGGGAGCAGCAGCGGCAGCAGCAGCAGCAGCGGGGGGGGGGAGAGAAGGAAGGGGAGGAGGAGGGAGUGGGAGCACAUGAAGCGGAAGAGCAGCGGCACGAGCUACAACCAUGGCAGUCACUUAUCCCUGACGACUGGGGUCUGAUGCAAGAGCAGCUGGAGGAACUAGCCGUGAAGCAGCAGGAGCAGGGGGAGGGGGGAGAGAACGGGCAGGAGGCCGGGGUGGAACUGCCGUGGAGCACGUUAGACUCGUUCACGCUAGAUGACAUGCAACUUGUUGCAGACCUCGAUUUCAACUCACAACACCUGAACCUGCAACACUCAAAUCUGCAGAGCGACCAGCGUGACUCACACCCGCAGGGCACACAGCGAGAUCCGCAUGACUCCACAGCCCCCCAUGAGGGCUCGCUGCUAGCCCAGGAGAUUCUGCUAGCGCAGGCGCAGCUAAUCAGUCAAGCGCGGAAUAAUCAGUCACAAAAUGACGUUUUCGUGGUCGGUGGUGCGUCGCCGGGGCGAGACAGUGCGGUUUUUCCAAAGCGAUCAGGAGAUGUGUCGUCGAGCCCUGUGAUUGGCUCGCCGGCCCGCCACAUCAGCAAGAGCCGGUCCGCGUCAGCAGCUGUGGUGCUGGUUGCUGACGAGGCCCCGAAUAAUAUCUUUGCCGGGGCAACACAGGGAAUAGUUUCUGGCCAGGCCGCCGUCUUUCCGACAAGCAGAACCACCCCUGAAUCCGCCCCGAGUGCAAAUACAACCUCCCCUGGUAACACCCCGCAGCAGGCCUCCUCCCAACACCUUGUUCUCUCACCGGACCAGCAGCUAGAGGUGGGCUUGGAUCUAUUUGCUGCUGUCUCGGCCGCUUCUGCUUCCGCUUCUGACGCUGCUGCUGCAGCAGAUGGUUUUGCUGAGUAUGGCUUUGGAGCUAGAUCUGCUGGGAAGCGAGAUGCUGCUGCUGCAGCUGCGGCAGCGGCGGCAGUUGAGACAGUUGACAAUUCUGGUGCUGCACUGGGCAAUGCAGGUGAUGGGGGUUCCGCUGGUGCUGAUGAUGCUGGUUUCACCUGGGCUACACUCCCUACAGGGUUAGAUGAGGAGCAUCAUAUGGUGAUUUGCGAGGAUAGCUCUGGAGCUAUACAAGUAGCCAUGCGCCCACGCUCCCCUAGCGGCAUGUAA